AUCCGGAGCCAAUGAGACGACACGGUGACCACGAAGAUGCUGCUGUCCCGUCAGACAGCAACUGUAAAUCAAAGCCGACCAGGACCCACACGGGGAAGAAGGUGUUUUCUUGCAGCACUUGCAGGAAAGAGUUCAGUAAAAGUUGUAAUUUAAUGGAUCACGUGAAGAUCCACACUGGCAAAAGGCCGUACCUGUGCAACACCUGCGACAAAACCUUUACUUAUUUAUCAUGUCUUAAACGGCACAUAACCAUGCACACGGGCGAGAAGCCCUACAUGUGCAAAACAUGUGGAAAAAGUUUCAGGCUACAUUCCCACCUGGUGAAUCACUCGAGGACCCACAUGGACGAGAAGCCCUACAUCUGCAAAACAUGUGGAAAAAGUUACAGAGAACGUUCCCACCUGGUGAUUCACAGAAGGACCCACAUCGGCGAAAGGCCGUACCUGUGCAACACCUGCGGAAAAACCUUUACUAAAUCAACACAGCUUAAACGCCACAUAACCACGCACACGGGCGAGAAGCCCUACAUCUGCAAAACAUGUGGAAAAGGUUACGCGGAACGUUCCAACCUGGUGGUUCACUCGAGGACCCACACAGGCGAAAAGCCGUACCUGUGCAACACCUGCGGCAAAACCUUUACCAAUUCAUCAGCUCUUAAAGGCCACAUAUCCACGCAUACAGGUGAGAAGCCCUACAUCUGCAAAACAUGUGGAAAAAGUUACACAGCUCAUUCCAGCCUAAGGGUUCACUCGAGGACCCACACAGGCGAAAAGCCGUACCUGUGCAACACCUGCGGCAAAACCUUUAAUAAAUCAUCACAUCUUAAAGGCCACAUAUACACGCACACGGGCGAGAAGCCCUACAUCUGCAAAAUAUGUGGAAAGAGUUACAUGCAAAAUUCCAGCCUGGUGAUUCACUCGAGGACCCACACCGGCGAAAAGCCGUACCUGUGCAGCACCUGUGGAAAAACCUUUACUAAUCCAACAGCUCUUAAAAGCCACAUAUCCACGCACACGGGCGAGAAGCCCUACAUCUGCAAAACAUGUGGAAAAGGUUACGCAGAACGUUCCAAACUGGUGGUUCACUCGAGGACCCACACUGGCGAAAAGCCGUACCUGUGUAACACCUGCGGAAAAACCUUUACUGGAUCGACAACUCUUAAACGGCACAUAACCAUCCACACGGGCGAGAAGCCCUACAUCUGCAAAACAUGUGGAAAACGUUACAGGGUACAUUCCCACCUGGUGGUUCACUCGAGGACCCACACUGGCGAAAGGCCGUACUUGUGCAACACCUGCAGCAAAACCUUUACUAGUUUAUCAGAUCUUAAACGCCACAUAACCACACACACGGGCGAGAAGAGAUAUUUGUGCAAGACGUGCAACAAAGGUUUUAGCCGCAGAAUUGAUUUGCUGAGUCACAUGAAAAAUCACCCGGAGGAGAAGUCUGGUGACUCGUGACAAAUGAAGCUCAUGUUGUCGUCUUCCGGGGGCAGCUGUCCACUCCUGUCUGACCCACAAAAGAAGAGACCCGCAGAAGUCCAACCACCACCUCCUGUGGCUGAUGAGCCUAAUCCCCUCCCCACAAGGGUUGCAGGUUCAACCCGGAUUUAUGCUUCUCCGUCAACUUGACGCAGAGUGAACCAUGUGGUUGUGUACUUUUAAAGUUCUGCAUUGAGUUUGUUUGAAUCCCUGUUCCUUCUUAAAAUCGUAUUAUUUGUUGCUGCUGAUAAUUUUCCGUCUCCACGGUGCAAAUAAAGAGCUGUUAGUAUGUGGGUGAUUAUCUGAAUUCGGUGCCCUUUGGGUUGUCUUGGUUUUGAAAAAAAUACUACAAAUAAUCAUAUUUCUGAACAUUGCAUCUGAUAAAGGACUAUCUGAACCUUUGAGAAAUUACCUCUGUCCACCUCAGACUUGAAAUCCCAAACAUUAUUAGCAAAUUCUUUGUCACCCGAGUUGUUUUGAAUUCAACCCCGUAACGGUCAACUCGAUAUCUGUGUGAAUACUAAAGUAAAACAUGUUCAAAAUAUUUAUUGCAGAUUAUUGGUAAUUAUCUGUCCCUUGUUUAGAAUAACUCAUUGUGAGUAGAUUUUGUUUUAUUUUUAACAUUCAUAAUUUGACUGAGAAGUAGGAUUUGACAACUUCAUGUAAAAACAGUGUUUGUAUUUCAGAAAAAUAUGCAUCAACAGUAAGAAAUGGUUUGGCUCCCAUAUAUUUUCUUGGUGUCUCUUACAUUCUACAUACAAUCCAGAAACAAUUGAUUUAAUAUUUAU